CUUUUCCUCCUCCUCCUCCUCCUCCUCCCCCUCCCUCUCUGCCCCUCCUCUCCCCUUCUUGCUCCUUCCCUAUCUCCAUCCCCUCUUUUCCUCCUCCUCCUCCUCCUUUCCCCAUCUCCCCCCUCCCCACAUCCAUCCCCCCUCCUCCUCCACUGGCUUCCUAUAGGGCUUUGGGAGGGCUUCCUCUCAGGCUGACUCCCUUCCCCAGAUGUAGGCCCUGGGAUUAAUCUGGCAUUCAUGGCAUUCUCGCACUUGUCCUCCCCUGCCCCCUGCUUGGUCACAGGGCAGGCUGAGCUUGGCUGCCAUCCUCUGCCUAGGGGAGCUGGCUGGCUCUGCUCUGUGAGCCCCUCCGGCAGGGACUGUGCCAGACGUGUCCAGGCGCCAGGGCCCAUUUGCCCUUCCUCAGAGGAGUUCAGCAGCACAGCCUGGGGAAGAGGUGGGCAGAGGGCGCUCCCUUAGUGCCAGUGAGAUGUGCCCCCCUCAAGGCUGUGCCUUCAGGGGCCCUGGGUGAAGGCUCAACCAGGGGAGAUGUGGAGCCCUGCAGACCCUCAGCAAGGCCCAAAGCUCCCCCAGUUGCACCGUACUGGGGUCCUGGGUUUGGGCUCCUCUCAUCAGAGCCUCAUUAUUCUCUUCCCACCCAUCCAUCAUGGGGCAGUUGGCAAAGCCUUGUCUCCUGGGAGAGGCCAUGCUGGGUGCUGGGGCACAGAGGCAGGACUAGGGAGGAUUUCUGCCCUCAAGAUGCCUCAUUGGGUCCAGGAAGUGCUCUAAAUUUCUUAUUAUCAGAGAAAUGCAAAUCAAAAGAACUCAGAGGUAUCCCCUCACCCCCAGCAGAUUGGCUCACCAGACAGAAUAAUCAAUGCUGGAGGGGAUGUGGCAAAGUCAGGACAUUCAUGCAUUGCUGGUAGAGUUGGGAAUUGAUCCACCCAUUCUGCAGGGCAAUUUGGAACUAUGCCCAAAGGGCGAUAAAAGACUGUCUGCCCUUUGACCCAGCCAUAGCACUGCUGGGUUUGUACCCCAAAGAGAUAAUGGACAAAAAGACUUGUACAAAAAUAUUCAUCGCUGCGCUCUUUGUGGUGGCCAAAAAUUGGAAAACGAGGGGAUGCCCUUCAAUUGGGGAAUGGCUGAACAAAUUGUGGUAUCUGAUGGGGAUGGAAUCCUACUGUGCUAAAAGGGAUAAUAAAGUGGAGGGAUUCCAUGUGAACAGGGACGACCUCCAGGAAGUGACACAAGCACAGAACCACAGCAUUGUACACAGACGGAUACAUUGUAGCAUGAUCGAAUGUAACUGACUUCCCUACUAGCAGCAGUGCAAUGACCCAGCACAACCCCAAGGGGCUGAGGAGAAAGAAUGCAGCUGCUCUCCACAUCCUGAGGAAGAACCGUGGGAGCAGAGAGCAGAAGGAAAGCCUGGGACAGAUUCGGGGUUCAGCUUUCAAAGACCUGCCAAGGCCAAGGGAGCAUCUGGAGCCUCCUCCGACCUAUUGCUCCAGCGGGAAGACUAAGGCCAGCUGCCAUGCUGCUGUGGUGGUUCGUGCUCCUGGCCAGCGGGCUUCCCUGGCUGCCUGCAGCCACCCAGGACUCUUGUGCCAGCCACUGUGGCUUGGCCAGGGCCAACUGCUCGUGCCACGUGACCUGCCCAUCCCUGAACUCCUGCUGCCCCGACUACAGGAGCUUCUGCCCCGAGAUCCUGCCCUACUCGGGCUCCGUGAUGGGCGGCAAGGACUUCGUGCUGCUGGGGGCCGAGCCCUGGCUGCCCCCCGCCUCGGUGACCUCCGUGCUCUGCCGCUUCCGAGAGAGCGUCCAGACUCGGGGCUACGUGGACGGCGAGGGCAGGAUCCACUGCGUGUCGCCCCUCCUGUACGAAAGCGGCUGGAUUCCUUUUGGCGUGUCCCUGGACGGCGGCAGGACGUUCCCCAGCUCUGGGGCCUGGCUGGCAGUCCAUCCCAGCAAAGUGUCCCCCACUGAGAAGAGUGAGCUGGUCAAUGAGACCAAGUGGCAGUAUUACGGGACCCCCGGGGUCAACGGCACCCUCACCCUUUCCUGGAACCGCCUCCUGUUGCCUGAUGCCAAAGUCAACAUCGAGCUGUGGGGCUACCAAGAGACGGGCACGCCCUACUCUGACGAGUGGAAGGCUGAGUGGUCGUACCUGUACACCCUGGUCAGGGACCUCCCCAACGGCAGCAAUUUCACCUUCGUCCCAAAGCCGGCUGAGCCCCAGUAUCAGAGCUGGGAGGUGGGCGCCCUGCGGGUCACCGGGAGCAGCCGUGCGGCUGGAGAGAGGGACGUGCCCGCGGUGUGGAGCAACGAGCACGCGCUGGCCUGGCACCUGGGCGAGGACUUCCGUCGGGAUUCGGCUGCCUGGGCCUCCGCCAAGUGCCUGCACUGGGCCGCGCUGGACAAAGGACUGCCCAACUUCCUGGAGGAGAUCGAGGACUGCCCCUGCACCCUGGCCCAGGCUCGCGCCGACACCGGGAGGUUCUUUGCCGAUUACGGCUGUGACAUAGAGCAGAACAGCGUGUGCACCUACCAUCCCGAGGCCGUGCACUGUGUGCGGAGCAUCCAGGCCAGCCCCCGCUACGCCUCGGGGCAGCAGUGCUGCUACUCGGCCCAGGGGACGCAGGUGCUGACCAGAGACACGUCGAGCGGCAGCACCCCAGACCGGGGCCACGACUGGGGCUCCCCCCCCUACGGGCGGCCCCCACGGGUGCCCGGCCUCUCCCACUGGCUCAACGACGUCAUCACCUUCUACUACUGCUGCCUGUGGUCGGACAACUGUCUCUCGUACCUGAGCCUGCGGCCCUCCAGCGACUGCCGCAGCUACCGGCCGCCCCACCUGGCUUCGGCCUUCGGGGACCCUCACUUCGUCACCUUCGACGGCGUCAGCUUCACGUUCAACGGCCGCGGCGAGUACGUCCUGGUGCAGUCGGAGCUCCCGCAGCUGCUGGUGCAGGCUCGAACCCGGGCGGCCAGCAGGGCCGACGGUGCCCAGGCCUCCGCGACGGGCAUCUCGGCGGUGGCGGUGAAGGAGGGCACCUCGGACGUGCUGGAGGCCCGGCUCGGGGACACCCCUGCCAGGCCCCUCGAGGUGCUGCUGAAUCAGAGGCUCCUGAACUUCUCCGAGCAGCCUUGGAUGGACCUGAAAGGCAUGUUCCUGUCCAUGUCCGGGACCCACAAGGCAUCGGUGAUGCUGGACUCUGGGGCCGGCCUGGAAAUCCAGGCCCACGAAGCCUUCUUGAGCCUCAGCGUCUUUCUCCCUGACAAGUUCCUGGCUCGCACCUGGGGCCUCCUGGGGACCCUCAACGGGCUCUCGGCCGACGACUUCACCCUGAGGAACGGGAGCGUCCUGCCCCUCGACGUUGCCUCCAGGCCCCAGCAGCUGCUCGAGUUUGGGGCCGACUGGGCCAUCCGGAACGACUCCUCCCUGUUCACGUACGAUUCCCGGGCUCUGGUGGACGCGUACCUGCUGGGGCCCAAGCACGACCCCACCUUCCUGCCCACGCUCGCCCCUGGGCCCCUGAGCCCGGCGGUGGCCGCCCUCUGCCAGAACGACUCCUUCUGCCAGUUCGAUGCCCUCGUCACUGGGAGGCUGGACCUGGGCAACGCCACGCAAGCGGCCCACAAGAGGCACCAGCAGCUUCAGCAGAGCCUGCAACCAGUGGUCUGCUGUGGUUGGCUUCCUCCCCCCAAACACGGCAAGAAGAACGGGACCAGGUACCUUGUGGGCUCCUCCGUACUCUUCAGCUGCGCGCCAGGCUUUACACUGAGAGGCUCCGAGGAGCGGAAGUGCCAGCCCGACGGCACGUGGUCAGGGAGUCCGCCGCAAUGCAGGCCAGAGCCCGACCAAAUGAUGCUCCUGGGAAUCCUCUUUGGGAUUCUGGGGGUCCUGGCUCUGGUUGGCUUGGGCUAUGAGCUGGUGAAGAGGAGGAAGAGGAGAACAUAGAAGCCUCAGAAAGCCAAUAUGGCGUCUGCCCCCCACCAGGGGGCCUGUGACGACCUGGGCACCCACCCCCCAUCCUUGCCUGGACGUCAGUCCCCAGCUCGAAGCACAUCCAUCCCCCCGCUGCGUGGAGCCGGUGUUCCUCACCAAUACAACAAGCCUCCCCCCAGCACGGACCCCAUCCGCAGCCUCAUACCCGUCCCCCAUGGGGUCUCCGGUGUGCUACCCACUCCCAGAGUGGGCAUCGAUCCGGCCCCAGAGGGCCUGUGGAAAGGAGUUGAACUCCAAAGCACAGAGGCUGCUUCCAGGAGAGAAGGCCAGGACCCUGCAGGACCCAGGAGCCAGUGGGGUGCCCCAGCCAAGGGGGAGCGGGAAGCUGGGGCGGCCCUUGGCCUCAUCAAGAAUCCCCUCCCUUGCCCUGCCAGCCUCUGCUACUGGAACUUUUCUUUGAAUGUGCCCGGGCUCCACAGUGCCCAUCCCAGGCCAUCAUUUGGCCACUGGUUUUUUACAAUAAAGCUGUUCCCGGCCCAGCG